CUGGGUAGUGUGUCCAGUUCGAUGGCCGCUGGAAGUGUGAAAAAUUUUCAUUGAAGUUAUUUGGUACCCAAACCAUGUGGUACAUGGCCUUAUUACGGUUCAUCCGUCGCAGACUGGUUCUGGCUAUUAUAUUCCUGCUCUCCUUGCUGUAUUUCGUUGUCAAUCUCUUUGGUUUUUCCGGGAGCCUGUCCAUCGAUUCAGACGCUGAGUUUGAGGUGAAGCGAGAACAUCCCCUGAUCUGGAGGACGCUCCAGGAGCAGCAAAACACCAGCUUCAACGAUCCCAGUGUGAAGUGCAGGAAUUCGGUUCAGGGAAGAUUCCUGAUUGUUGACGACAGAGGUUUUGUUUGCUCCCGAUUCGACCUCCUGCCGUCAGGAUGUUGCAAUGUGGAGACACCCUCCACUACUCACUACAGCUGUGAAACCUGCACAGACACUGGCUGCUGCUCAAUCUACGAGUAUUGCGUGUCUUGUUGUCUUCAUCCAGACAAGAAGGAACUUCUUGAGCGGGUGAUGGAGAAGGCGACAGGUCGCCAGAAAGCCGUCUUUGCCUCUGUUCAGGACAACUUCGAGCUGUGCCUGGCCAAAUGCCGCACGGAUUCCCACUCAGUGCAGCAUGAGAACAAAUAUCGCGAUCCGAAGGCAAAACAUUGCUACGGCGAGACGACAGCCCAUGAAUCUCAGCGAGAUAUCAGUGGCAAUAAUGUGCUUUAG